AAAAAAAAAGAACCAGUAAAAAGGAACCAGUGAGGACUACAAGUUUCGCCAUCAACCACCCACCCUGAACAACAGUUCUGUCUCCCCUCCUGGCCAUUGGGGUCCCCACUUCCUGGAACUCUGAGCUGAGUGAUGUCAUAGAUGGAUUACCUCACUAGGGCCAAGGAACCGGGAAUUUCAGGGACAUGGGGGAGGGAGAGGGAUGUCUCUCUACCGCCCCAACCCCCCAUGUCUGUGGUGAAGUCGAUCGAAUUAGUGCUGCCCAAGGAUGCAAUCUACCUGGCUGGCUCCAGCAUAAAAGGGAAGAUGAUUUUAACCCUGAACAGCACCCUGGUGGACCCCAUAGUGAAGGUGGAGCUCGUGGGAAGGGGUUACAUUGAGUGGAGUGAAGAAGCCGGGGCAUCCCGCGAUUAUAGCAGAAAUGUUAUUUGCAACAACAAGGCAGACUACGUGCAUAAGACAAAGACAUUCCCAGUGGAGGAUAAUUGGUUAAGUGCAGGCAGGCACACCUUUGACUUCCGUUUCAACUUACCUCCCAGGCUUCCUUCUACCUUCAGCAGCAAAUUUGGCCCAUGUCUUCUAUUUCUACAAGCUUCCUGCAUGGGCCGGGAACACAUUUUAGCCAAGAAAGAGGAUGUACUUAUGGGUUCAAGGAAUUCCGCCUUCCACAAAGAAACCCAUUUCCAGAACCCCUUGUUGGUGGAGGCUGAGGAGAAAGUCUCCUACAACUGCUGCCGCCAGGGCACCAUCUGCUUGCAAAUCCAAAUGGAAAAGAACACCUUCACGCCGGGAGAGAAGGUUGUCUUCACAACAGAGAUCAACAACCAGACCAGCAAAUGCAUCAAGACGGUCAUAUUCGCCCUGUAUGCUCACGUUCAGUACGAGGGCUUUACGCCUGGCGCGGAGAGGCGGUCUCGGCUGGACAGCAGCGAGCUUCUGCGGCAGGAGGCCAACACCCACAUGACCCGCUUCAACACCACGAAGAUCGUCAGCACCUUCAACCUCCCAGCGCUGCUGUCCGUGAGCAGCAGCACACGGGACGGGGAGAUCAUGCACACUCGCUACGAGCUGGUCAUCACCGUGCACCUGCCCUGGUCCCUGACCAGCCUCAAGGCCAAGGUUCCCAUCAUCAUCACCAGCGCCUCAGUGGACUCUGCCGGCUGCCAGUCGUCAGAGGAUGGAGUGUUACGCGUGAGCCCAGAUCACCAGAAUUAAGUGCCCAAACUUUUAAAUAUUAAAAGCUUUAUUAGUCUCUACCGGGAGGAAGCUCUCUGUCUCGCACAGGUGACUCUCAGAUGAGUUGAGGCGUAGGCAACACGUUGUCUGCAACCUCCCCGAGCUCUAGCGGUUUAGGUAUCCGUGUCUCCCGUCUGUAGAACUAUCACUGAAUGCCUGGAAUGGACAAAGGAAAUUGGGAAGGUCUCCCAGGACCCAAACCCGGCAUAGCCCGUGUUUUCCACCCUGAGUCUGCCCCCACCUACUGGGGUCUCACAGUGCCAAGACCAGGGGUCCUACUUGGGGGAAAUUCUCCCCUCUGCUAAUGUCUGGCUGUAUUGACCGUCACAACUGCAGGGGAUCAGGGGAGAAGAGAGUCCUACUGGUGUGGAGGGGGUGGAGGCCAGGGACGCUGUUCAGCACCCUGCAGUGUCCAGGAUGGCUCCCCACAAUCAGGAAUUGUUUACCCUGAAUGUCAACAGUACCAAAGGGGCUGGGCAUGGUGGCUCAUUCCUGUAAUCCCAGGACUUUAGGAGGCCAUGGUAGGAGGAUCGUUUGAGACCAGGAGUUUGAGACCAGCCUGGGCAACAUUGUGAGACCCCAUC